AUGCCGUUUGCCCCCACCGACGACGAAUGCGAAAUAUACUACGAGGAGCAUGGCUCCAAUGGACCAGUUCUUGUCUUUGUGUCAGGCUAUUUCGGCAUCACCGACAUCUGGAGGGAGGUUAUUUCCAGCUUGAGCACGCGGUAUCAAUGCAUUUGCUAUGAGAAUAGAGGAUUCGGUCGGUCCUCAAAGCCUAUGGUAGAAGGGAUGUACAGCAUCGAACGGCAUGCGGCAGAUCUCCAAUCAGUUCUCCUCGCGGCAAGAGUGUUGGAGAAAGAGCAGCCUAUUAUCCUAGUCACCCACUCUAUGGGAUGUAACAUCGCGACUAGCUUCUGUGUUCAGCACAAGGAAAAAAUCCGCGGCGUGGCUUAUCUGGGUCCCCACCGUGAUGGGAAAUGGCUCCGAGAGCAAGGAUUCACGAUGCAAAUGCUCGUGGAGACAGCUGAUGUACCAUCCAAAUGCGUUGAUUUCUACGCUGGAAUGGGCCUUCGGCCAGGGAUUGCGCUGGAAGCGGCCAAAUGGCCCUCUUAUGCUCGUCGGUACAACGCCAAGGCAAUGCUUGAUUUCGCUAUCGAAGAGACACACCUGGAGAUGAUCCAGAUCCCGAGCAUUAUUAUCAUGGGUGAAAAUGAGGGCUCUGGUAAUGGGGAACAAUUGGCUCAUAAGCUGGCGAAGGAUUUCAAGAAGUGUGAAAUCGCGAUGUUGAAAGAUGUCAAUCAUUUCCCUUCAACAGAAGCCCCUGAUGAAGUUAGCAGGAUUAUUGAUCAAUUUGUUGUUGCGUCGCUAUCUGAUAUUUAA